ACCUUCUAGCAAAUGGAAUAGUUCAUUUCCUUUAUUUUGCUUUAGGUACUGGUACUUUCCAUUCCGUUCCAAAAUACCUAACCAAUGCACCGCUAGUUAAUAUAUACAAUCCCGUGAGUCUUUACUAAUGUCAUGUUUGUGAAACAUAGAAAAUAGCACUAAAUGAAUUAAAAGGAAACCACUUUAGCUAUAAAAUCUUUAUUAUUUAACUCUUGUAUGUCUAAUCUUUCUGGAGAUGGUUCGAAUCUCUGCAUUGCACGCGGUUCAAGUUCAACCACUGCUUGGCUUUUUUCCUGCUCUUCUCAUUAAUGAUAUGCUUGCUUGAGUAGGUGGAAAUUGGGGUUGUAAAAAAACAGAAGAAUAUAUGAUAUGAGGGGAGAGAAAAUAUUGAGUGUUCUGGAAGGUUUUGAUUUUCUCUAUUAGGGGGUGGAAAAUCACUUUCAUUGCUACAAGUGUGGCUAAAAAAUUUAUGGGUCGGAUUUCUUCAACCUUCAUGUAUUUUCGUUUUCCUUAUACCAAAGUUAGUAUGAAGUGGUUUUCAUUCCAAAUUUCUUUUGACCCUGUUUAAAACCUAUGGAAAUUAAACUAAAUGCACCGCCUAAAAUUUCUUGUUUUGGCUCCUGAUUUAAUUCAUGACCAUUUUCUUUCUAGUUUCUUGGCUUCUUGCACAUGAGGCCUAACUGGGGUACCUUCAACCUUUAUGAUUAAAAGAAAGCCAUUGACCCUAAACCGAACUCCAAUUAUUAAAAGAGACCAGGAAAUUUUGUUUAGGAACAAAAUCAAUAUUGUGGAGGCUGGUGCAUUAGAACCCAUAAUCAGUUUCCUCAAGUCAGAAGAUCUAAAUCUGCAGGAGUCUGCAACUGCAUCUUUGCUCACACUCUCUGCCUCUUCAACAAACAAACCGAUCAUCAGCGCUAGCGGAGCCAUUCCUCUUCUCGUGGACAUCCUGAGAGAUGGAACCCCACAAGCCAAAGCUGAUGCAGUUAUGGCUCUCUCUAACUUAUCAACGUACCCCAAUAACCUCAGCAUCAUCCUCCAAACAAAUCCAAUCCCUUUCAUAGUCAACAUUCUCAAAACCUGCAAGAAAUCAUCAAAAACAGCUGAAAAAUGCUGUUCCUUGAUAGAAUCCUUGAUGGAGUACGACGAGGGAAGAAUCGCCCUGACAUUGGAAGAAGGCGGCGUGCUGGCAGUUGUGGAGGUUCUUGAGAGCGGGACACUCCAGAGCAGGGAGCACGCCGUUGGAGCGCUAUUGACAAUGUGCGAAAGCGACAGGUGUAAAUACAGGGAACCAAUCCUUAGAGAAGGCGUGAUCCCGGGACUUCUGGAGCUAACUGUUCAGGGGACACCAAAGUCUCAGCCGAAGGCACGCACCCUUUUGCAGCUGCUAAGAGAGUCUCCUUACCCGAGAUCUGAAAUUCAGCCAGACACUCUUGAGAACAUAGUGUGCAACAUCAUUUCACAGAUUGAUGGGGAUGAUCAAUCUGGUAAAGCAAAGAAGAUGCUGGCUGAGAUGGUGCAAGUUAGCAUGGAACAGAGUUUAAGGCAUUUACAGCAAAGGGCUCUUGUAUGCACACCCACAAGUGAUCUUCCUAUUGCUUCAGAAGUUCCUUCAAAAUCAUAGUUUCUCUUUUUCUUUCCACUCGAGAUCAAGUUUCCAUAGAGGGGGAAAAAUGAUAAUAAUACUUGAAAGUGAAGUAUGCCAGUCCAGGCCAUUUGUGUAGGUAUCUUGUGACUGGUGACUGUCAAUAAACCAAAGUUGUGAGAGGAUAAGGAGCAUGAUUUUGUAGUUGGUUUGUAAAGAAACUUUGUGUAUAAAAAUGAUACACUAGUAGUGGUAGUGCUAAAAAGGCUAAUUAUCCCUUUCUUUGUUUCCAUGUCUGCCAUGGAUUAUAAUAGUUACUUCUUUGUUUCGUUC